AUGGCUUUUGCAGAUAUUAACUGGGGAACGCUGAUCAAUUCAGACAAAAGCCCAGCCCCGCUGCUAGAACAGCUAUGUCUAGGGAUAGCGCAGUUGAUGUGCUCCUUCGAUACCAACGCCACCACUGAUAUCACCCCGGAUCGACUUGCUACUUUUUACCGCAAGGUCGGCGGCAACUACGACCCUUUAUUCCUUGAGACCAAGGCACAAGCCCUGUCAUUCAUCUACCAGUCACUAGGAUGUUUCCACAGUCUCCAACCCUCAGCCAACCCUUACGAACCCCCAUCAAUUCCCUCGCUACUUCCGACUGGCUUCGUGCGGUGGCAGACAAUACAACUGUUGAUGGACCCAGAUGAACACUCAGUGUAUUUGCAGAAUGCAGUCAGCCUUUGGGAUAUUGUAGAUGCAAAUGGCGAGAUCUUUCCCAAGACGAUCCCUCGAGACGCGUUUCCUUCUGAGCCUGACCCGGAGAUGCUUGAAUGGCAUGAAGGCGUGAGUCGGCGAUUGGAGCGUGACUAUCUGAAAAGACACACGAAGCGUGCUUCGCCGCCAGACUUUGGGACAUAUCAUUACCAUUUUAGUGGCAAGGAUCCUCUGCCCGACGAAGACGACUAUUUCUCGCGUUCAGGCCGGGCGGCGUCAAAGCGCCACAGUCAUGCGGAGCCCGAUCGGCCCACCGAUCAUCGCAAUCACCGCCGACGAUAUAGUGGAGAAUAUCCCGCAUUCUCUACACGCAGGCCUAGAGCGAGUCGACCGGGCUUUUCGACCCCGAGAGUUUCAUCCCCUCCCCCAUGGGGGGAGCGUCCGCCCUAUUCAAGCGGACGAGACCAAGGUGCUCGGCACGGCCAUCCACUAAGCCCAGGAACAGGUGAUAUUCCAAAUGUCUCUGAUGUGUCUUCAGAUGAGUCUGCACGCCGCCGCAAGGACCGUGCGGAACCGAAUAAGCACCAAACCCGACGGCAUCUCUCACCACCUUCUAGCAGUAAUGCCAGACGUCACUCCCACGAAGCCUACACUCGCAGGCCAUUCCGAGAUCUGUCACCGAUAAGCCCUACCCGAAAUCGCCGCGGGUAUGAGACUUACCCUUCACGAUCUAGUAAAUCCCACUCUGAGCCUUCAUCGAAGUUUCACCCGAGAGAUCAUCGGGAUAGGGAUCCGAGAGAUUUCCGAAAGGAACAUUCAAAGGACCGUUCUCGAUCGCGCACAGCGGGUGUCAAAUUCCGCGAAUUCAUAUUCGGUGACUCAACUCCUGCUCCAGCUGCUCCAGACCCACCUUUCUACAGGCCACCAACUCCUCCGCCAAGAGCAGUACCGAGACAUCGAGGGACUCACGCCGCAGAUGAUAUGAGAAGAGGAAGUUAUAGUGGCGGAAGUACAGGUAAUAGUCGACCCAGUAGCGGAGGAAGCGGAUCUGAGCGGCCGCGAUCAUACAGCAGUGCUGGAUUCCACCCCCGUACAACUGGAUGGGCGAGCCCUCGCAGCUCCCCUUCAAAGCGAUAUCCUCCUGCCACUGUUCCUGAAGAUGACGGAUACAUCCCCUCACGGAGGGUUCCGAUUUACGAAUAA